AAUGGAUUAGUAACACAGUAUAAAAUAAAGUGCUUCCCGCCACACCAUGGCAUUUCUACUUAGCAAUUCGACUGCUCGAAACUAAAAUGCAUUACACGGUAGUAUUAUUACUUUCCUUGGCACUCAUUGUGCACGCCAUUCCGGUUGAACAGCGGCACAGUUUGGUUUAUGAUGCUCGAGGUAACCUACACCUGGUCAACCAGGACCCGUACAGCGUUAUCGAUGCCGACUUGGAACCGUUCUUCAAUGCCGAAUCCGAUAUCAUUUUCCGGUUGUACACCCGAUCAAACCCCAACGAUGAGCAAGUGUUAGUUUGGAGUGACCCCAGCACUGUUCAGAAUUCCAACUUCAAUCCAAAUCAUCCGACAAGGUUUACAGUUCACGGAUGGAACAACGACGGAUCAUCUGCGGUGCACACAAAUAUACGGAGUAACUACUUCGCUGUUGGUGACUUCAACGUUAUCAGCGUCGAUUGGGGUGCAGGAGCGCAAACCAUUAACUAUAUCAGUGCCAGAAACCGAGUGAAUGCCGUUGGGGAAAUCGUAUCCCGCAUGAUUAACACGUUAGUAUCUGCGUCUGGAGUGUCUCGAAAUACUAUCAGCAUUAUUGGACACAGUUUGGGAGCACACGCUGCUGGAAACGCGGGUAAAUUUCAGAACGGUGAAAUCCACAGUGUAAUUGGGUUGGAUCCAGCUGGCCCUCUUUUCUCGCUGGGUCAACCGGACCUGCUAACUUCCAACGAUGCUCAGUAUGUUGAGGCCAUUUUCUCGAACGCUGGCCUGUUGGGCUUCAACUUACCACUGGGUGAUGCAAAUUUCUAUCCCAACGGAGGACGUUCCCAGCCCGGAUGCGGAAUUGAUUUGACCGGAAAUUGUGCUCAUACACGAUCCCACGAGAUGUUUGCCGAAUCGAUCUCGUCCGCGACUGGUUUUAGAGCGACCCGAUGUGGUUCCCAUGAUGAAAUCAACGCUGGAAAUUGCACUCCCAGCGGUGCGGAUGCGAUGAUGGGUGGAGAACCGUCCAACCAUGGUCGGGGUGUCAAUGGUGUUUUCCACCUUAGAACCAAUUCUGCAGCUCCCUUUGCACAGGGUUGAUUGGUGAACUGGAACACACUGAACAUGCUAAGUAUGUUUAAACUUAACACGCAAUCUUUUCCAACAGAAAAGGAUCAACUUUUUACACAUUCAAGUUAGACUUUAAUAUAAUGCAUUUGUACAUAAAUAAAAAUAAAACGUUUUGAAAAUAAA